UAGCACAAGAAUCUGAGCUCAGCAGAAACAGAUCCAUAAAUCCACAAAACGAGACGACUUUGUCCUGCUCUGUUCUAAAACUCCUGGAUGUCAGGAGGUUUCAAACCUGCUCAGGUGUUUGAUCUUUUACUUUGUUGGGCCUGAGAACCAUCUCCAGCAUCCCUGAUGGAGAGGAUCAAAUCUAAUGGAAAGGGACACGUUAACUCCUCUUACGAUCCCGCUCUGGACGAACCUCCGGUCUAUGAGGAGACUAACUUCUCCAACGAUGGGCACAGGGCCAUCCGGCCCUCGGUAAUCAGCGCGUUUGGUCACAACACCUUAGACCGAGUGCCCAACAUUGACUUUUACCGUAACGCCGGCAGCGUGAGCGGCCAGCGAGCUGUGAGACCGUCCCUGCAGGAGCUCCAUGAUGUCUUCCAGAAGAAUGGAGCGAUCGAUGUGCCCGAGACGGUGGAGGACGAUGGUGAGGGGAGCGAUGGGACCCCCUCUGACGACCUGGAGUCGGCCGUUCUCCCCGACAACGGAGCGAUAAAGUUUGGUUGGAUCAGAGGAGUUCUGGUGAGAUGCAUGCUGAACAUCUGGGGCGUCAUGUUGUUCAUCCGUCUGUCCUGGGUCUUCGGUCAGGCAGGCUGGGGUCUGGGGAUUGUGGUGAUCUGUCUGAGCUGUGUGGUCACCACCAUCACGGGCCUUUCCAUGUCAGCCAUCUGCACCAACGGUGUGGUCCGAGGAGGGGGAGCUUACUAUCUGAUCUCCCGCAGUUUGGGACCAGAGUUUGGGGGGUCCAUUGGGCUCAUUUUUGCCUUCGCCAACGCUGUGGCUGUAGCUAUGUACGUCGUGGGGUUUGCCGAGACCGUGGUGGAUUUACUGAAGGAGUACGCCACUCUGAUGGUGGAUGAAAUAAAUGACAUCAGAAUCAUCGGCUGCAUCACCGUCGUGUUGCUUUUGGGGAUUUCAGUUGCUGGAAUGGAAUGGGAGGCAAAGGCCCAGGUUGUGCUGCUCGUCAUCCUGCUGGUGGCCAUAGUCAACGUGUUCGUAGGAACAGCCAUUCCUGCGACCGAAGAUAAGAGAUCUAAAGGCUUUUUUAGUUAUCACACAGCCAACAUCUUCAGGGAAAAUUUCUCCCCAGUUUUUAGAGACGGUGAAACAUUUUUUUCAGUGUUUGCCAUCUUUUUCCCCGCGGCAACAGGAAUCCUGGCUGGAGCCAACAUCUCCGGAGACUUACGGGACCCCCAGGGUGCCAUACCUAAAGGUACUUUACUGGCCAUCCUCAUCACUGGGGUCACCUACCUCGGAGUGGCUCUAUGUGUUUCUGCUACUGUUGUCCGAGACGCCACAGGAAACUCCUCGGACCUCAUUGUUCCCGGCGUUCCCUGUAACGGUUCGGCUGUGUCCGCCUGUGAACUCGGUUAUAACUUUUCUUCCUGUGAAACACAAGCCUGUAAAUUUGGCUUGAUGAACAACUUCCAGGUGAUGACUAUGGCGUCCGGGUUUGGACCUCUCAUCAUUGCAGGAACCUUCUCAGCCACUCUCUCCUCAGCUCUAGCCUCCCUUGUUAGUGCUCCCAAAGUCUUCCAGGCCCUGUGCAAAGACAACAUUUACAAAGCUCUGCACUUCUUUGCCAAAGGACAUGGCAAGAACAACGAGCCGAUUCGUGGUUAUGUCCUGACCUUCAUCAUUUCUGUGGCCUUCAUCCUCAUCGGUAAUCUGAACACCAUAGCUCCAAUCAUCUCCAACUUCUUCCUGGCCUCUUAUGCUCUCAUCAAUUUCUCCUGUUUCCAUGCAUCCUACGCCAAGUCUCCAGGUUGGAGACCAGCUUAUAAAUACUACAACAUGUGGCUGUCUCUGAUGGGGGCUCUGCUCUGCUGCGUCGUCAUGUUCGUCAUUAACUGGUGGGCCGCUCUGCUCACAUAUGGGAUUGAGAUUCUGCUGUAUAUCUACGUCACGGUGAAGAAGCCAGACGUGAACUGGGGUUCGUCCACGCAGGCCGUGACCUUUGUGAGUGCCGUCAGCAACGCUUUGUCCCUGUCCGGUGUAGAAGAUCACGUCAAGAACUUCAGGCCACAGAUCUUGGCUCUAACAGGGUCGGCACGGACCAGACCGGCUCUCCUGGACCUGGCUCACUCCAUUACCAAGAACUACGGACUCUGUCUCACCUGUGAAGUCUUUGUUGGCCAGAGAUCAGAGACACUCCAGGAGAUGAACGCUGGGAUGGAGAAGAACCAGAUGUGGCUGAACAAAACCAAACGGAAAGUGUUUUACACUGCCGUGGCCUGCGAUGAGUUCAGGGAAGGAGCCGAGAAUAUGCUGCAGGCUUCAGGUCUGGGCCGCAUGAAGCCGAACACAUUGAUGAUCGGCUUCAAGAGGAACUGGAGGACGGCCGGAGCAGAUGAGGUCCAGAGUUACGUGGGAGUUCUGCACGAUGCUUUUGACUUUGAGUUUGGGAUGGUGAUGCUGAGGAUGAACCAGGGGCUGGACGUGUCCCAUCUCGUCCAGGCUGAAGAGGAAAUGCUGAAGGCGGCGCAGGAGCAGCAGGCUCUGGAUAAUGAGCUGAUUCCAAAUGGAGGGAAGGCCAAAGGACUCUUCAGGAAGUCCAGGAAUCCUUCUCAGCAAGUGCUCACAACCAGAGUGUCCGUGUGCGGCCCCCCACCCCCGCAGAUUGCCAGGAUGAAUGAGAAGCUGAUGGAGGCCAGUGGGCAGUUUAAGAAGAAACAGCCGAAGGGCACCAUCGAUGUGUGGUGGCUGUUCGACGACGGAGGUCUCACCCUGUUGCUGCCCUACAUCCUGACCACCAGGAAGAAGUGGAAGGACUGUAAGUUAAGGAUCUUCAUCGCAGGACAGACUGAACGCAGCGAGCUGGACAGAGACGAGAUGAAGUCUUUAUUGCAGAAGUUCAGAAUCAAGUGCAGCGACAUUAACGUCAUCGAUGACAUUCACAUCAAGCCCCGAGCAGAAAGCUUGAAGAAGCUGGAUGACAUGAUCGAGCCUUUCCGUCUCCAUGAAAGCUCUGAGGAGAGUUAUCAGGCUGAGGCCUUGCAGAAGGAGACCCCCUGGAAGAUCACCGACACGGAGCUGAGCAGCUUUGAGGAGAAGACACACCUCCAGGUUCGACUGAAUGAGCUCCUUCAGGAACACUCCAAAUCUGCCAACCUGAUCGUUGUGAGCAUGCCCAUCGCUCGUAAAGAAUCCAUCUCUGAUUUUCUCUACAUGGCCUGGCUGGACGUUCUGACCAAGGACCUUCCUCCGACUCUGCUCAUCCGAGGAAAUCACAAGAGCGUCCUGACGUUCUACUCAUGAGCAGCUUUCAGCAGAACGCAGCAAACAGCUGGAGAGGAACCACAGAAAAUAAGAACUUUGUUCAGAAAGACUAGAGGAACGCAUGUCUGAGCCCACGGGGAACAUUCAAACUGUAACAAAACAAACAAACAAACAAAAAGAAAACAGAGAACAGUUGGAGCAGUAAACAAAUGAAAAUGUGUUGAUAUAAUUAAAAAAAAAGUUAAAAGUUUCAGUUUAAAAGUUUAAUAUCUAGCUAAAACCCAUACUGUCUGAGACUCUCAUGGAGGAUUAAAGCUCAACAGGAAGUUCUGUGAUAUGUUGAUGACAACAAAUGGCUGCUGGAGGGACAGCUGAGAGGACAAACUGCUCCUGGAUGAAUGCUGCAGUGGGUUCAAUCACUCACUGACUGACUGACUCACUCACUCACUCACUCACUCACUCAC